CAACCGGAGGAUUCGCUACCGCAGCCACAGGUUUGCGCGUGGGAAGAAGAGAGGGCGGCUCUUCUCUUUCCGAACGGUAGAGGCGGAGCCACCUGAAACCGAGCCCUUGGCUGAUUGGCGACGCAGAGGGCGCUGUGGCAGAGAUCUGGGCUCUCUCUUGGCCGGCCGAGUCCGAUGGUGUUUAAGCGCUUCCUGGGCUGAGCUUGGUCGUUCUCCUCCUCCCCACGUGGAUCCGUUCCCUGGGCAGUUCUGAAUCUCACCGCGGGUAUUUCGAUUCCUUUCCCUCGGCCUGGGAUCUCUGGGGCGAACGCUGCCGUAAUGGACGCUGCUGCAUUGUAUUUGGAGAUUAGGCAGAGGACGCAGAGCGGGCUGCUGAUCAUCCGCAAAUUAAAGCCAGAAAGCUGGCCAGUGGAUAUUACUGUGAGGCCAUCAUCCAUAGAGCUAAAAAACGUUAAAGAAUGCACAACAAUCAACUUUCCACCAGAGGUCAGGAUUGUUCCUUCUUCCUGUCGAGGACUGCAGUAUGUGCUUGGGGAUGGCUUACAUAUGAGACUGCUAGUUCAAGCAGGUUUGAAUACAAAACUAAUACCAGCUGUGGGUGACGUCCUCAAACCCAAGAAGAGUUGUACCUUUUACUGCCAGUCAUGUGGUGAGAGUGUACUAAAGGACCGGACAUUUCUCAGAGUUCUUUCUCUUCCCGGUGAGGACUGGAGUGAUUUGGUGGAGGAAUGGUGCUGUCACCCCAAUCCCUUCAAUGAUAGCAUGUUUCACCCACAAAAUGGAGACUGUUUCCUUGGACACAACUACUUCCUGGUUAACUCAGGAAGUGAGUCACCUGGGCCAGAAUCUAAAAUUCCUCAUUCAGAGUCCCAGGAUGCUACUUCUAGAGGCAGUAGUUCUGUCACGAAUUCAACGGCAGACAGCAGAGUCCUUUGCAGGCGCUGCAAGGCAUUGUUGGGAGAGGGUGUCCCCUCAGGUGCCACAAAAUACUAUUUCACCGAAUUGUUUGUUCAGCCUUCGAAAGUCAGGUUUGGCGUGAUACCAAGGUCUCCCUUCAUACAGAGCAUUGUAGCCCAGUGCCUUGAAGAGCUUUCUUCUGCUAAAAACACAUUUAGAUUCACCAUAAAAGGAACUGAUGGGACAAUCUACAUCUUGAUGUGGCUGCUGAAUUCUGACUCACUGUUGGUGGAGUCUUUGGGAAACCUGGCCUCCAGCAAUAAUUUUACAGUGCUUGAACAUGAUACAUCAUCCAAUUUGAGGCUGUUAGAGAUUCGAAAGGCUGUUAAGGUCCUUUACCAUCCCUGUGUUAAAAGCAGAAAUAAGGACCUAGCUGAUGCAUGGAAAAGUGAUAUGGGAGUACAUUCUCUAACAUUUCCAUUAAAAACCUGCUUGGAACUGCUGCUGAUACUGUCUCGGAGUAACAUUUCAUUGCCACCUUCCCUUCGUUGGAUGAAUUCUUUCCAGGUUGCCUUUUUAAAGAUGUGAAAGAACCUGGUCUGAUUCUUUUGAAAAGGAAUUCCUGUCAAAUUAACUUUCAGCAACAAAGAACUUUGGAGCUAAGACAUCAAGUGGGGACGUUUUUCUGAAAGUGAUGCUGAGGUUCCUAAGCCAAACAGUUAAUUAUAUAUUUACCUUGCUGUUUGUUGACUUCGGAAUUUUGAGAAGUUCAAAUAAUGUGACAGAAGCAAGUUGCUCAAGCAGAGAGGCCAGUUGUUGCAGGCUGGAGUUCAAAGAGUGGCUUAAUUUGGGGUGUCAGGAGUCUUUGAGAUCACUGUGAAUGACUACUAAUUCCCCAAAGAGAACUCAGCAGCAACUGCAGUGUUAAAAAGAGAGGAACUAAUAGUGGCUAAGGUGCCCUUCCAGGAAAUGAAAACUAGCAAUUAGGACUGAACAUUUGAUUAUACAGUGCCCAAGUUAUAUAUAAAAUAUGUAAUUGUGAUUCACAAAACAGAGGUUUUUCUUUUACUAGCAAAACGUUUCGGCUUCCACCUUCAUCAGCUGCUACCAUGCAAAUGCUGUUACCAAAGUGGCAGUUAUAGAAUGCUCCGUGGGGCUUCAUUUGCAGAAGCUAAGUGAUGUUUGUACUGUCCUUGGCCUAAUUGAAUGUGAGUGGGAAGGCAGAGAGAGACACCACUUGUCGCCCCUGACUGAUUGCUCUCAAGAGAAUUCUGCCACCCCCCCCAAGAAAGACUCCCCACCCCUGCUUUUCUAGUAAACAUUAUGGUAUACUGUGAACUCUGAUCACAAAGAAAAGAGUAAUAGUUUUACCUGUAAUGAUGGGAUGAGGAACCUUUUUCUGCCCUAGGGCCAUAUGGCAAGAGGCAAAAAGUGGGUGGAGCAACAAAUAUGAAUUUGGGGAGGGGCCAUAGCUCAGGGGUAGAUCAUCUGCCUUGUAUGCAGAAGGGCCCCGGUUCAAUCCCUGGCAUCUCCAGGUAGAGCUGGGAGAGACUCCUGCCUAAAACCCUGAAGAGCUGCUGCCAGUCAGUGUACAAUACUGAGCUAGAUGGACCGAUGGUCUCACUCAGCAUAAGGCAGCUUCCUGUGUUCCUACAUUUUACAUUGUACAAUAGGCUAGUUUCUACACACACUCACAUACUCCUCUCUGUCUUCCAAGCUAGGGGCGUUACCAGAGUUCAGGACACAUUCCAACCUGGCAAAAACGCUCGAGGAGAAUGUGAAGCAAGACCAGCAAGGGGGGAGGGGUGGAAAGAGGAUGUGGCUGGGGAAGGUGUGCGGCUUGGGAAGAGUCCUGAGAGCCAAAUGGAGAGAAUUGGGCCCUGGGCCUGAGCCCUGCCCCCCUGUAAUACAACAGAUUCUUCCAAGGCAACAUUGGUCAAGGACUGGUCCCCACAUGCAUUUAUACCCCUUGAUUUGUCACCUCUUGCUUACUCUGCGAUUAACAUGUGAGCUGAUGGCAUUAAAAAAGCCACUGUGUGUGAGAUGAUAUAAAAACAAUGGAGUGGUAGCAAUGUGUGAUAUGCUGGAUAAUGGGCAAAUGUUCACUGUACUGGGUUGCUGGAGGGAGGAGGGCAGAAGAAGGUUUUGCAGGGACUCUUAUUAUUCACAGAACCAUGUUUGAUGUCAAGAGGUGCUGACAUGCCAAAGGGCUCUGCCACCUGUGAGAUGUAUUGGGGAGCACCAUAUUAAUAAGUUACUUAGACUGCCCAGACUGCCCGUGUUUGCAAAUGUGAAUCCUCUCUCUCUCUCUCUCUCUCUCUCUCUCUCUCUCUCUCUCUCUCUCUCUCGGAUAAACAGGAUCAUGAAGCCAUGUCUGCAGAAAGGUUGUGAUAUAUUUUGUGCCUUGCAAGCAAGGCAUAAUGUAAGAGCAGUGCAUCUCCUGAAGGCAUGCAGAUCCCCAGGAGCAGCACCUUAUCAGGUGUUGUGCUGCAUGGGUACUCUGGCUCAGUUGCACGUGGGUACCAGUGCACUUUCAAACUGUAGUGCCAAAUGCAUGACUAAUUGCUCACAAAAGCAAUAUGUAAUUGACCCACACAAAAGCGCCAAUGCAUUGAGAGAGAGGACAAUGUACACCCUGAUCAUAAUCAAAUUUAAUUAUUAGCUGUUCCCAUUAAUUCUCUGCCAAUAUGUUAAGGAUUGCAACGUAAAUAAUAUAAUUAAGGUGGCAUUUUUCAUGUACAAAAUUGUCUCCUGGCUCUUGGCGGAGGAUUCCAUAGAAACUUUUUUCUGAAGUUUUACUUUAUUUGAGCCCAGCACAAAGGCAAAUGUGCGCAGCAAUUCCGAUGUGGAGACUGUGCAAGCUGUGUUCUCAGAUUACCAAAGUUGCCCUUUAAUAGACUUUGAUUUAUGUGGUCCUAAUAAGAGCAAAGCAGGCAAAGGCCUUUAUUUGAGCAUUGAAAAGAAAGCAGAUAUGGGACAAUUUACAGCUUGUGCUUAGCUGCAAAAAAGGUCUUUUGCCAAAUGACUGAGGAAAUAUACUUCCAGCUGAUGAAAAGGCACUAAAUCUGGAGAGCUUUAAAAAUAAAUAAAUAGCAUUUUAAA